GGAUUGUCAAAAAUUCGUACCAUAUAUAUUCAUUCACAUGGAAUUUGGUAGACAUUUGUAUAAAAAAACACUAUUGGCGUAUCGGACAGAAAGAACUGUUGUUGAAAUAUAUGACGGCAUAUUAUUUUUCAUUUAAACACUACGCUUAGAGAUAAAAACAAAAAAAAAUUGUGAAGCUGUCUACUAUAUUCGAUAUCAGUUAAAGAAUGAAUACGUCAUGUCUGUACCAUGAACGUAGGCAUAGUAUGGUGCAUGUAUUUUGAUCUUGAGAUUGAAAUCAAAAUUUUCGUUUCCAGUACAUGAUAAUUUUACCAACUUCUGAAUUAUAUAUUAUGUUAUCGAACAAUAAUUGAAUGGUGUCAUAUUUUUGAAGUAGUUCUAGCUGCUUGCAUAUAAACUAUGACGCAGUGAGAUGAGCUCGGGUACUGCUUUUAACUGCUUUUUUUUACUGUCUAAAAACUAAGGAUUAUAUGGUCGACAGAUUGGAAGGAAAUGAAAAUCCAUCGAGUAGCUCGUUGGAGGAUAUAUCACAUUGGAAUAUGCAAAGUUUCAUAAGAUCGUUCGGAAAAUUCAAAAACCGUGUUUUACGUAUUAUGGUGACAAAGAAAGUUCUGUUUAUUAUAUGUUUAAUCAUUACUUGGAUGUGUAUUAAAGAACCAUGUGCGGCACAAAUAUCAAAGGAUUUCACCAACAGUUCCAUUCAGUAUGAAAACAAUGUAGGACAUUCGCAAUCCAAUCGUAUAGAUAAAUAUCAAUUUCUUAGAGGGCGUCAAUAUUCUUCCAAUAUAAACAAAAACAGUUUUAUGAGAAAGAAGACAAACAGAACAAAUGAAGAACAAAAUGGCAUUGACGCAAGUUUAUCAUCAAAACUUAUUACUCACGUUGUCGACGACAACAUUCCAAUUCAACAAAAAGAAAUUGACAUCGUCGUUUCCAAUGAAAAACUGCCUGUAGUCAAAUCAAAUUUUAACUGUCCGGUUCCCAUAGCUGAAGACUGGACAAUGACUGUGAAACCAAAGUUUGUUUUAAACUCAAAAAGAUAUUUAUUUCCAAUUCUUACGAACGGACCUAACAAUCAACUUGAUGGAUUAUGGGAAUCAAUUUUUCUUGCGAUUAGGCUAAACAGAACGCUAGUUAUGCCACAUUUUCAUACACACCGGGUUGGAAGUUCAGACAAACCAAUGCGGGACGUUCCAGUGGAAUGGAGGACAGACAUUAAUAUGAUUCGUAAAUUAGUUUCUGUGAUACCAUCCAGCAAGAUGCAUUCACACUGUAAUGGAAAAAUAAAUGCUGUAUUUCUAACGAGAGAAGCAAAUAAUACUCGCCAUUGUUCUCUUUUGCAUGUCGGUCGCGAGUUGAACAUGAGUAUAAUUGCUCCGGGAUUAAAAGAAGGAAGUAAAUGCUACAAAACUCGAUCUCGUCUCUUCGAUCGUCACGUUAUAACAUUUCCGAAAUACAAAUUCUCUGGCUUUUUACACCCCAAACCUGAUAUCGAAAGUCUCCAGAAAGCAUACGGAACAGAAGAAAAAUGUGCAAUAUUUCCGUUUCCCUGGCAAACUAUUGAGUUGGGUCGCCGUCGCACAAUACCUGAUUUUAACUUCAAGGAUACCAGAGCAUUAUCUCACAGAGACUUAUUUCCUCUGGUGAUUGGAACAGCAAACCUACCUCCAUUUACUAAACAAAUUGCAGAAGAUUUGCUCAGAACGUGGAAAGAAGAUUCUACAACAAAGCUAGUGUGUGUACAUUGGAGAUUUGAUCCGGAUGAUUGGCAACGAACUUGCCGAAAAGAAUCUCAAGGUCUGCGUGCAAAAAAGUGUGCUGAUGUGGCUGAAAUCAAACCAUUGAACAUAGCUCGAGCUAUAGCACAUAAAGUUGAACAAAUUGUAAAAACAGGGAAUGAGAAAAGACCAAUUGCAUACAUUGCAGCUCCUCCAGCAUCUACGAAAACUUUGAAAACGGUUAAACAAAUACUUCUGACAAAAUGGACAAUAAAGGCGUUCAUUUCUGAAGAUUUGAUGAAGAGUUUUCGCAAACAAUAUAAAAAAUGUGAAUACGAUAUCAGGGAAAAUAACGAAAUCGUAUCUUUAAUUGAAAUGCAGAUUUCUAUACUCGGAGACAGAUUCAUGUACUCUUCUUCAUCCUCGUGGUCCAACAAUGUGAGAGUAUACAGACAAAAAGGUCGCUAUGAUACUGAUGUACUCAAUGAUAUUGUUGCACUUAAAUCCGGAAGUAACUCUCAGUAGCACAAAAUGCAUUACAAGUGAUUUAAAGUUGAACGCCGCGGUCACUUUUAUGCCAUGCUUUAACAUUUUUUACACGAGGUCACGCUUUGGAUGUGCUAACCCCUCAUAAUCUGCUUUGCUUUUCCAAUAGGUGCAUUGGAGCAUUAGUCGUGUUUAUGUAUGCAUUAUAUCGUUGUUUAUGUCACACUGAGUAAAAUAAGUUUUCAGUAACUACAAAAUAGCGUCUGAACUAGAUUCUUUAUUUUCAAUUCAUUAUAUAUAUUUGCUUUUCAUUUAUUAUCAAAGUCUAUCAUAAUUAUCUCUGUUGGUGGCUUGAGAAUGUGGCAUGAAUUUUUUUGACAAAGAGUACAUAAUUGUUUCUGCUAUAACUGUUUGUUAGGUAACUUAUCUUGAGCAAUUACUUAUAUAAAUUAUUUAUUAUUUGGACCUCCUGAAGUAUGCGCACCAAGAUGGCGCACAACCUGAACUCAGGUUGUGUACCAGGUCAGGGUUCAGGCUGUGCGACAUCUUGGUGCGCAUACUUCAGGAGUGCCUAUUAUUUUUAAAAAGAAAUGUUUCUGUGUGAAAGAUUUUUUAAUAAAAAUAUUUUCACAGUUGGUGUGUAUCACGGUGGUCAUGCUACAUUGUCUUCAUAUACUUCUUUUGGGGGAAACAAACGUCUUUUUUCAUUUCUCAUAAUCAUUUCUCCCAAAUAACUUGCAAUAUAUAUAUGUGGAAACAUUUUG